UUGCCUCCCAUGAGUGCAGAAGGGAUCUAUAGGUAUCUUGGGACACUAGCUGGUUUAGUUGAACGCCAAGCUCGAGCUGUUGGGACUAAUGUUCAGGGACAGUCUUCAUCUUAUAAGGGUAGCUCUUUUGAUGACUUCAAGAAAUUGGGUCCUCCUUACUUUUCUGGUGCUACAGAUCCCACAGAGGCAGAGGCUUGGAUCCUUAAGAUGGAGAAAUUCUUUGGUGUCAUAGAUUGCUCUGAGGAGCAAAAAGCCUCUUAUGCAGCUUUUAUGUUAGAUAAAGAGGCAGAUCAUUGGUGGCGUAUGACUAGGAGACUUUUGGAGGAUCAGGGACCCAUAACAUGGAGACAAUUUAGGGAGGCUUUCUAUAAGAAGUAUUUCCCUGACAGUGUUAGGCGGCAGAAGGUGGGAGAGUUUAUUCGUUUGGAACAGGGGGAUAUGACUGUGGCUCAGUAUGAGGCCAAAUUUACAGAGUUAUCACGUUUUUCCCCACAGUUGAUUGCUACAGAGGAGGAAAAGGCAUUAAAGUUUCAGGAUGGAUUGAAGCCUUAUUUGAAGAACAAGAUAUCUAUUUUGAAGCUUGGUGUCUAUUCAGAGGUUGUUGACAGAGCCCUUAUAGCAGAGAAAGAUAAUGAGGAGCUUCAUCAGUAUAGGGAACAGCAAAGGAAGCGAAAUAGGAGUGAUGGUGCUCAUGGUAAUCAAGCACAGCGAAGGUCUACAUCGAGAAGAAAUCAGAAUAAAGGGAAGGCAGCGCAGAAUUUAGAUGGGGCUUGUCCUACUUGUGGUAAGAAGCAUGGGGGUAGGCCAUGCUAUAGAGAGACUGGAGCUUGCUUUGGUUGUGGGAAGCAAGGACAUUUGAUCAGAGAUUGUCCAGAGAAUAGGAAGUUCAUCACUGGGAAGCCUAAAGAGGAAAAUAAGGAGGAUAAACAGAAACCCAAAGCCCAAGGACGGGUGUUUGCUAUGACUCAUCGAGAUGCUCAGGCCACUUCUGAUGUGGUGACAGAAUUCCAGAGAACGUAAGGUUGGAGUCAGAUUUCAGGGUUGAAGAACAGAUCUCUAUAGGUAAGAUUCUAACCCCUAGUUUAAUAUUUUAGAUUCAUUGAUUAAUUUCAAACACAUUAGAUAUAUUUUUUUUGGAAAACCCCAAAUCUAGAUUAGGGUUAGAUUAUUUUUUUAAUUCGUUUUAAUAUCAAAUAGUGAAAAUUUAAUAUUUUGAUUUUAGUAUUGGA